AUGAUGUUCCAAUAUGGAACCAUCUUUGUGGCUACUCGUAUCAAGUAUGGAGUAUCCGUAUUUCCGAUCCGCAGGCCACAUAUAAAUUUUGCCUGGGCAAAACAGCAGCGGUUGGAGAAUGGAGAACAAACAAUAUAUUGUGUAAUAUUAUCAUGUUUCCUGGGCACACUUGAAGUGGCAGUCCAGAGGAGAGACCAAACUACCAUCCUAGGGCCCGUAUACCGCCUUUUUGGGUGGACAACUUCGGCUGGCGGUUCAGGGGAACUUUUUGAUAUGACGGCACGUUUUUUAUCUUUUUGUUUAAGCUGCUUAAGGUUCGGGAGUGAGAGGCAGCGGGCCAGGGGGAACUCUCUAUCCGCUUCCUCGUGGCGCGCGCAGCCUCCACACGCCCUUGACGGGGGGUUGGCUACUGCUAUUAUUAUUAGCAACAAGAAGGUCGAGAGAAGAAAACAGAACAAGAGCAUCGAGAGAAAGAGAUUGGAGGAGAGCUAG